AUGUCACACAAACAAAUACAAGAUGUUUACCGCCGAGGUGGAGAAGAAGUAUUGGGUACCAUAAAACUGCAGAAGAAGGAAUGUAUCACAGAAGAAACAUGGGUUGUCAUGGAAGAAAGGAAGCGUAUAAGGCUCCAAUUACUCAUCAGUAACAGCACAGAACUGAAAAGCCAGCAUAAAGACAUUUGUAGAAGAAUAAAGAAAACGGCCAGGAAGGCUUCUGGACGAAGUGACUCAAGAACAUUAUAUCAGAAAAUUAAUACACUAUCGAGGAAAAGCAGUCGCGAACAAAUGCCUGUGCGAAACAAAUAUGGCAUGAUAAUAGCCUCCGCUGAAGAACAACUAAACAGAUGGAGAGAACACUUCGCAGAAACUAACACCCAAGAUGCAGAAGAAGAACCAGUCAUAAACAUCAGAGAAGACACCACAAUUAGGGUCCCCCCCGCACUAAAAGAAAUAAUAGAGGCUAUAAGAAAAUUAAAAACAAAUAAGGCAGAAGGAAUCGAUGGCAUACCAGCUGAGCUAUUGAAACCAAUCAUAGGAAAAAUAUGGCAAGAAGAAAACUUACUAAAAGAUUGGAAAACAGGAAUAAUUAUAAAGUUACCCAAGAAGGGACAUCUGACGCAAUGCAGAAACUGGAGGGGUAUUACAAUACUGAACAGCAUUACAAAGGUUGUAGCCCUAAUAAUAUACUCCAGAAUAGUCGGAAAAUUGGAUGCAUUAAUCAGUGAAGAACAGGCGGGGUUUCGACCAGGUCGGGGGUGUACAGAACAUGCGAACACUUUGAAAUUGAUCAUCGAGCAGUCGAUAAAGUGGAACAUUCAUAGAUUUCGAGCGAGCGUUCGAUUUCAUCAAGCGCAGCAUGAUACGGCAACACUAAAGAGACACAGAAUCCCUGCAAAAAUAAUAAUAUAA